GUCGCUGCUGGUAGUUUGCGAUCAGCAGCUUCCCGAGCCUUCUUCUUCUCCAAAGCUCUCCCAAACUCCGCCGCCACUUCCUUCUCGCUCGCACGGACGCUCUCUCCCGCCGCCGUUUUUCGCUCCUCCUUCCGCGCCAUGGCCUCCGAUUCUGCUGCCCCCUUCAACAAAAUCCAAAUCCAAAGAGACGACACCACAUUUGAUGCAUAUGUUGUUGGCAAAGACGGCGCUCCUGGGAUUAUUGUGCUUCAAGAGUGGUGGGGUGUGGAUUAUGAAAUUAAGAACCAUGCUGUCAAGAUUUCUCAACUUGCUCCUGGAUUCAAAGCACUUAUCCCAGACUUGUAUCGGGGGAAGGUUGGUUUAGAUGUUGCAGAAGCUCAACAUUUGAUGGACAGUCUUGAUUGGCAAGGCGCUGUAAAGGAUAUCCAAGCUUCUGUUAAUUGGCUGAAAGCAAAUGGUUCGAAGAAGGUGGGUGUUACUGGAUUUUGCAUGGGUGGUGCUCUCUCAAUUGCAAGUUCUGUUUUGGUCCCUGAAGUUGAUGCUGUUGUUGCAUUUUAUGGUGUGCCGUCAUCAGAGCUUGCAGACCCUGCCAAAGCUAAGGCUCCUGUUCAGGCUCAUUUUGGAGAGCUUGAUAGUUUCGUUGGCUUUUCAGACGUGACGGCUGCCAAGUCUUUGGAGGAGAAGCUGAAAGCAUCAGGAAUCCCUUACGAGGUGCACAUUUAUCCCGGCAAUACCCAUGCGUUCAUGAAUAGGUCUCCAGAAGCUGUGAAGAGGAGGAAGGGCAUGGGCUUGGCUGAUGAGGAUGAAGCAGCAUGUCAGCUGGCUUGGUCUCGCUUCCAGUCAUGGAUGUCUUGUUAUUUGCUCGCUUAAGUUUUUAUUAGUGUAGUUUUAUAUGUCCGGCACUCCGACAUAUGAUGCUACUUUCCGGUUGCUACUACAUGCAGCAGGGUGUCCUAUCCAGACUUAUGUCCUAUAAAAUAAGGGUGCUGAUACCCUUGUAACUACCUAACUUAAUGGUUUGGCUAGCAAUACUAUGUGAUAUUAGUAA